CUGGCCGCAUGGGUGGCCUGCACAGACGGCAUAUGUGCAAGUCAGCGGCGUGGGGGGAACACAGUACCCAGUCAGAAGCAAGGAGGUCCGGACGGGCCAAAGUGGGUCCCAGCCAAGAGAGUUAAAAUACAUCACGAGUGAACUGCGCAGGAACCACGAUGUGUCAACUUCGCUCUACGACGAUCUUCGGCGUCGUCAUCCUCGGACUCGUCCCUCUCUGCGGCAUGAUACCUCUGCGGGAGUGGAUGAGUCAGCCCGGAGAAAAUUUGUGGGUAACGCUGGCCAAGGCUACAGGCACAGACACCUUGUGCCUGUCCUUGGCUAGUGCGGGGAGUCCAUUCCGCACAUGCCUCGUAGGCAUUCCCAUCACCCCUGUGGAGUGGAACUCCUUUGUAUCCCAAACCCACAACAAAGGAACCAUCCCACUUAACUUUCCAAAUCUCGCCCAAACCAUUGCAGCACUUAAUUUUAUUGAUAUUCCUUUUCAAGAGAUUGAUUUAUUAGGUUCACUCCCUACCACUGCCUGUGUUAUCUUUCAUCGGUAUACUCAACCCAUUCUGUUUACGCCCCACAAUGUUACUGCAAACAAGCAGCUUUACCGGGGGACCACUUCGCCGUGGUGUAACAAUUCUGUUGUCACCACCAUCCCGACGGAGCAUGUUCCUCGGAACAUGCGGCUCCCGAACGGAUACUUCCUAUUGUGCGGGGAUGGGGCAUGGCCAGGAGUUCGAGCCUACCCAGAGGGAGGUCCUUGCACAGUAGGGAAGUUAGCAUUGUUCAACCCAGCGAAGUUCUAA